AUGAUUUUCACAGCAGUUCUCUCUUUCUUUUCUUAUCUUUUACCUACUGCUCUCUCUCCUAAAUUUAUUUCUAAUCUUCGUUUGAAAUAUGGCGAAUCGAUUUUGGUAAGUAUACGACAUUGUGAAAAAUUAAGUGAGAAAUUACAAAAAGCAAAAUGCGAUAUUGAAUUUCUUAGAUGUUGUUUAAUAUAUAAUUUAACACCUAAUUUUCUUAAUAUACGUUUAUGGAAGCCAGGUUUAAGAACAUCAGAAAAAUAUAAGUUUUUUCAACGACAUUGUCUUAUUCGUGAAUUUGAAUCUAGACAGAAACAAUCGAGAAAUCUAGAAAAACAAAUAUCAUCAAUCUUAAUAGAAUUAGAAAAACGUCUUUCGAGUUUAGAUUAUAUUAAUGUAAAGAAAUUUUGUUAUAAUUCAGCAAGUAAAAUACAUAGUGAAGUAAUGAUAAAUCAUAAAAAGAAAUUAGAAAUAUUAAAUGGAGGUCCGAUUGGACAAAAUUACGAGGAAAUGAAAAAUAAAUUAAUUCAUAACAUGUCAUCAUAUACACUUUCAGAAGUAGAAGAAAGAUUAUUAUGUCGUGGUUGGGCUUUUUGUAUAGAGAAUAAGAUUAAGAAUUUCUUGGAUUUUGAAACAGAUUUAGAACUAAAUGCUAUGAAAUUACAGUCUCAUUGUCAUGAUUCAGUUUUUCGUCUAGUUUGUCGUCAGACACAGAAUGCUUCGCAACAACUCAUGAGAACAUCUAAACAUAAAAAAAUAAAUAAUCUAUCAGAUGAAGAAUUAGCCGCAUUAAAAUCAUUAAAAUUGAAUAAUAAUAUAGUCAUAUGUAAGGCAGAUAAAGGUAACAGCAUAGUCAUAUUAGAUCGAGAAGCAUACAUGAAAAAAGCAGAAGAUAUUUUAAAAGGAGAACAAUUUGAGCAAUUAAAUAGUGAUACGUUUCAUCUUGAACGAGAAGAAGAAUUAAAUAAAUAUAUUUUAUCAUUGUAUAAUGAUAAUGUAAUAGAUAGUAAACUUCGUCAUCAAUUAAAAUCAACAUAUUCCUCUAUUUCAGUCUUUUAUGGACUUUCUAAAACGCAUGAAACAGGAUAUACUCUACGACCAAUAAUAUCAACUAUAGGAAGUUAUCAAUAUCAACUAUCGAAAUACUUAGCUAAAGCUAUUAGAGAUGCUCGUUCACAGGCUCCAUUAUAUAUCAAAGAUUCAUUUGAGUUCGUAAAAAAGAUCAAAGAAAUAGUACUCGAGAAAUAUAAAACAUAUAUAAAAUGUAGUUUUGAUGUAGAAAGUCUAUAUUCGAAUGUACCAGUCAAUGAAGCAAUAGAAAUAACAUUAGAUUAUUUGUAUACACCUAGAAAAUUAAUAGAUGUACCUUUCAAUAGAGAUCAAAUGAAAACUCUUUUAAAUUUAUCAAUAACAGACGCACCUUUCCAAUUCCAUAAUAAGAUAUAUAAACAGAUAGACGGAGUAGCUAUGGGUAAUCCCUUAGCACCUAUAAUAGCCGAUUUAUGGAUGCAGAAAAUGGAAGAAAAACUAAAUAGAUUUCGUACGAAUAGACCCAUAGCCUGGUUAAGAUACGUAGAUGAUAUUUUUUGUUUAUUCACCAUCUCAGAAACAAAAAUUAAAGACUUUCACUCACGCAUAAAUAAAUGGCACGAUAAUUUGAAAUUUACUCUUGAACCUGAGUCAAAUAAUUCCAUCUCAUUUCUGGAUGUUCGAGUAACUCAAGACGAAGAACAUAAACUAACAACAUCAUCGUAUCGUAAACCAACACAUACAGGGUUAUACAUGCUCUGGGACAGUAAUCAAAAUUGUCGCUAUAAGUUAGGUCUAAUAAAAACGUAA